AUGCCCCCUCCACCAUCUCCUGUGAAGAAGCAACUACCCACACCUACCCCUACCCCUCCUGCCUCCCCUGCCAAAGUCCCUGACUCCCCAGCUGCUGCUGCCUCUCCAUUAACGGGAAGCCCCUCAGUCACUCAGGUAGAGGCAGCAGCAGCAAAGGAAGACACCCAGCCGCUUCCCAUGUCCAAGGUAGUAGCAGAACGCACCCCGCCCCAAACACCAGACGCUGCGUCUGCAAACACAGACACCACACCCAUCCCACCUGAGCAUGCCACCCCCCCUUCUGAUAAUGUCCCAGAGGAGAAAGAACCAGAGCAGGCUGACACGAUGGAAGCUAUAUCUGAGACUAUACUGGAUGAGCCUGUGACAGAGAGUGUAGUGGAGAGUGCUGUCGAAGCCUCAGCGGUGGAGAAAGACCCAGAGCAGGCUGAAGCAAUAGAAGCUAUAUCUGAGACUAUGUUGGAUGAGCCUGUGCCAGAGAGUGUAGCGGAGAGUGCUGUUGAGGCCCCGGCAGUGGAUCAUCCAGAGAGUAUGCCAGAGAAAGUUACAGAAGAACAGUCACCACCCGACACUACUCAGGCAGAAUCAGAUUUCCAGCCUGCAGUUGUAGAGGAGCCUGUCAUUGCUCCCCCUGUAGAGAAUGAGUCAGAAAAGCCUGUUGAGGCAGCACCCGAGCCAACUCCAAGCCCAGAUAAAGUGCAGAGUGAAUCUAUACCAGAGGAGAUCUCACCGGCUCCCUCUGCAGGUAGUGAGAAAGAGGAGCCCAUCCUAGAGAAGGUUCUUGAAGAGGAAGCUAAGCCGGUAGAGCCAGAGGUGAUUCCAACACCUGAAACGGUCACACAGGAAACUACUGUCCAACCUGACCAAUCACCAGAGCCUGAAUCGCCAGCUCCUGUAGUCACUGAGGAAGAAAGGAAAGCAGUGGUGAUUGAGGAAAACCUAGCCAACCACCUAAAGCUGAGGAUACAGCUCCUACACCUCCUGCAGUCACCGAGCAGGAGGAGAAACCUAAAGAGCCAGAGCCUCAAGCAACUACUGUUGAACAGCCUCCAACUGAGGUGUCUUCACAGAGCUAGAGGCUGUGCCUUCACAAAAAGAGGAGGUACCCCCUGCAGUAGAAGAAACUCCCCUGUAGUUGCUGAGAAUGAACAGCCUAAAGAGGUAGAGACCGUUCCACAAACUGAGGCAGUUGAGUCUGUAGCCCCAUCUCCUCCUCUAGUUACUGCUAAAGUUGAGAAGAAGCCUGUAGAGAAGGAGGAAGAGCCAAUACCGCCAGCCCACGUAGAGGAUAAACCUGUAGAGAAGGAGGAAGAGUCAAUUCAGCCAGCCCAAGUUGAGGAGAAGCCUGUAGAGAAGGAGGCAGAGCCAAUACCGCCAGCCCAAGUUGAGGAGAACCCUGUAGAGAAGGAGGCAGAGCCAAUUCAGCCAGCCCAAGUUGAGGAGAAGCCUGUAGAAGAGGCAGAGCCAAUUCCGCCAGCCCAAGUUGAGGAGAAGCCUGUAGAGGAGGAGGCAGAGCCAAUACCGCCAGCCCAAGUUGAGGAGAAGCCUGUAGAGAAGGAGGCAGAGCCAAUACCGCCAGCCCAAGUUGAGGAGAAGCCUGUAGAGAAGGAGGCAGAGCCAAUUCAGCCAGGCCAAGUUGAGAAGCCUGUAGAGGAGGCAGAGCCAAUUCCGCCAGCCCAAGUUGAGGAGAAGCCUGUAGAGGAGGCAGAGCCAAUUCAGCCAGCCCAAGUUGAGGAGAAGCUUGUAGAGAAGGAGGCAGAGCCAAUUCAGCCAGCCCAAGUUGUGGAGAAGCCUGUAGAGAAGGAGGCAGAGCCAAUUCAGCCAGCCCAAGUUGAGGAGAAGCCUGUAGAGAAGGAGGCAGAACCAAUUCAGCCAGCCCAAGUUGAGGAGAAGCAUGUAGAGAAUGAGGCAGAGCCAAUUCAGCAAACCCAAGUUGAGGAGAAGCCUGUAGAGAAGGAGGCAGAGCCAAUUCAGCCAGCCCAAGUUGAGGAGAAGCCUGUAGAGAAGGAGGCAGAGCCAAUUCAGCCAGCCCAAGUUGAGGAGAAGCCUGUAGAGAAGGAGGCAGAGCCAAUUCCGCCAGCCCAAGUUGAGGAGAAGCCUGUAGAGAAGGAGGCAGUAGUAAAGAAAGUACCAGAGGUUUCUCCUGCACCUCCUGCUGCUGAACCAGAAAACAUUAGCCCUGAGAGUGAUUACGAAAGGACAGAGUCAGAAACAGUGGUUGAACCCAGCCCAGAAGUCAAAGCCGAGGAGUCAGUUUCACCCACCGCUUUUGAGAAAAAAGUCCCUGAACAGCUCCCAGAACCUGAACCACAAUCAGCUAAAGUUGAUCAGAUCCCACCUCAGGGGGCUGUAGAAGCUCCAGCACCAGUAGUAGAAAAACCCACGAAUGAAACUGAAAUGGAGGCUGGAGCAGAACGUGUAGGUCAGAAAGACGAAAAUCUGACAUCUGUGGAUACAAAGGUUGAACCAGAGCCAACAGCAGAUAAUAAGGCUGAAAAAACCCAGGAUGAGUCUACUCCUCCAGCUUCUGAAGCUAAAGAGGAAGAAAAGGUCAGAGCAGAGCACUUAGAACGAGCUACAGAGGCAGCGUCACUAUCAUCUGCUGCUAGUGAGCCACAAGCCCCUGAGAACGUUUCUGAGGAGAAACCCACACAGGAAGGAAAAGAAGCUGCAAGCAUAGCUGAAAAUAAACAAGAGGUGUCUAUAGCUGAGAGUAGGGUGCCAACUCCUACUGUGUGUCAUGAGAAAGCAGUGCAAGAGAAAGAAUUAUCCAAAGAUGAAUCCAAGCAAACUCCAAAGACAGACUCUGUGUCUGAGAGCAUUCAGCCAGAGAAAGAGAAAGUGGUUGUAUCACCACCUGUAGUUAGUGAAAAGCAAGAACAUUUUUCAGUAUCAGAGGUGAAAGCUGUGAGUGACAGACAGGGCAGCGUAGAAGACAAAACAAUACCAGAGCAGACUAAAAUAUCUGAAACUGUAUCUGAAAAUGAGUCUAUUGCCUCAGCCCCUGUAGUAGAACCUGACACCCUAGUCCCUGUAGUUGGUGAACAGGACGAAGACAAACCCCUGAAUGAAGAGAAGAUAAUAGAGGCUGAACUGGAUGCAGUUGGAGAGGCAACGCUGAAAGACCCUGGAGAAAAAAACACCAUCGCCAAGGAUAGCAGUCCCACCAGCCCCUCAGACCUUGCCAAGCUGGAGAGCACUGUCCUUCCCAUACUAGAGGCCCAGGCUACACAACCAAAGGAUAAUUCAGACAAACUGACCGACUCACUCAAGACCAGACGCAAACUUGAGGUGCUACCCCUCUCACCUGAAUCUCCCAGCACAGAGGAUGACCCAGAACUCUCAGAGAAGAAGGACGCCUCAACAAAGAAAAAGCUGCUGGUGCCGACAGACAUCAGGGGUGACUCGUUGGAGGACAGCAGUGAGAGCUUAGGGAAAGAUAGUCCCGUGUCAGGGGAUGACGAAGACUUCAUUCGUAAACAGAUCAUGGAGAUGAGUGAGAACGAGGAUGCUUCGCCGUCAGACGAAGAAAACCUCAUCCGGCGAAAGAUCCGAGAUCAUGAGAGGAAACGAAUGGAGCAGGAGAAAGGGGAGGGGAAGGAGAGAAGCGCAAUGGCAAAAGGCAGGCGGCUCCUCAAGAAGAACACCAUCAGCCCUGAGGACGAAGAUGAGCGGCAAAUCUCACUGGAUAAACUUGACAAGGCAUGGAAAGAGGGAUCGGAACCCAAAGUCUCAGACUCUCAGGAAGGGGAACAGCCUUCGGCCGAUAGAGUUGUGACAGUACGCCAAUUCAGAACCAUCGAGCUCAACACAACUACCACCCCUGUGCGCAUACCGGGUACGUCAGAUGAUGGAGAGCUUGAGAUGGAAAGCCUCACCAACUCCCCUGAUGAUCGCUCCAGGGGCGAUGGGUCCUCCAGCCUGCACGCAUCCAGCUUCACCCCUGGGACAUCGCCUACAUCCCUAUCCUCUUUGGAUGAGGACAGUGACAGCAGUAGUCCCAGCCGCAUGCACAGUGGCGAGGGGAAACAGCACAGGAAAGCGAAGCAUAGACAACAAGGCCAAGGACUACCCACCAUCGAAGACUCUUCUGAGGAAGAGGAGUUACGAGAGGAGGAGGAGCUGUUAAGAGAACAGGAGAAGCAGAAAGGCUCUGGGAAGAAGUCGAAGAAGGACAAAGAGGAGAUCCGAGCUCAGAGGAGGCGGGAGCGUCCCAAAACGCCGCCCAGCAACCUCUCUCCCAUUGAAGAUGCCUCCCCAACAGAAGAGCUGAGGCAAGAGGCAGAGAUGGAGGAGUUCAGGCGAUCAUCCUUAUCCGAUUUCUCUCCCAGCAUCGAGUCAGAACCAGAGGGAGUUGAGAUCAAUGCUGCAAAGAUUGCAGCAGUACAGAAAGUAUAUCAACUUCCUACAUCUGUUUCUCUCUACUCUCCAACAGCUGAUCAAGGUGCUAAUAAAAGCCCUGAAAAACGAGCCCUGAAAACUGCAGACGAAGCCUACGAAGAUAUCAUGCUGAAGGCUAAAACACCCACAAAGGAAAAGGUGGACAUCCCUCUGGGGAAAGAGUCCCUCUAUGGUGGGAUGCUGAUAGAAGAUUAUGCCUAUGAGUCUCUUGUUGAUGGAAAUGGAAAGAAAGUCGAGCAGCAGGAGCCUGAGAAAAUCUCAGUGCCAGCUCAGCCCAAAAUACUGAGAUCUCCAGAUGAGGUUUACGAAGACAUGAUGGAGAAGAAGAAAGAAUUCAUGCAGCUGGAGCAGGAACUGAAAAAAGCACAGUCCGUGUCAGAUAGACCCACACCAGAGAUUGUAUUGCAACCCACUGAGCCAACCAGAUCCACGAGUGUUACAGUUACUAUAGGCAAGGAUGGGAAACCACUGCUCGAUGCUGAGGCUACGUAUGAGGAACUCAUGAAGAAAGUUCUGACUCCUGGGACUAGCCCGACACAGCAGGGUCCUGAUAUAUCUGGGGCGGCCCCUGGUGGUGAGUUCGAAGGUACUGAAUCCAGAAGGGCUCUGCGUCCCAUACCAGACCUGAGGGUUACACAGUGCUCCUCAGGGGAGGAGGACGCUGAUGAAGAGGCCACUGAGACCAAAAGUCAAGAUAAGCCAAAGACUUCAUCAGACAUUCCUAAAGCUGAUCAGGCACCCUUAACAGCUGCUGCAGAAACUGAGUCCAAAUCAGUUGCUUGCAAGGUCCUCCCAUCAACAACUUCAGACCAACCACAGACCCAAUUUGAAACUUCCCAGGCUGACCAGCCUCUGGACAUAACCCAACAGGAUGUCAUGGACUUGUCUAGUAUAAAGUCCUCAACACCUGCUGUUGCCAGUGUAUCGCCCUUACCCACCGUCCCUCAGUACACCCCCACUGUCCCCGGUGUAGUGUCGACCACCCCACCAGUGCCCCCCAAACCAGCCAUCCUGCACAGGGCUCUGUCUCAGGAAAAAGCAGACAUUCCUGACCCUCCACUGCCCCCUCCCACGAUGCCAAAGCCAUCGGUUUACCCCAGGAAACCCCUUUCCGCUUCCAUCUCAGGCUAUAAUCAGGUCAGAACAUGUUGCCAUGACAACAACCCAAGGGUCACCUGUAAGACAGCCUCAUAUCCCCCACCGGUUCCUCCAAAGCCAGCAAUCCCUGCUGGAAUGGGGUACAGCCACAGGCCAGGGGAAAACGUCAAACCACCCCUUGCUCCAAAACCUGUCUCUCAGCCUGGCUCUCCUGCCCACAUCCAAUAUCCAAGACCCACUGCCCUCCACACAGGCCAUGCUGAUAUAGCCCUGAAUCUGAGCCCCUCAGCUGAAAGCAGGCCAGGUCACUUUUCAGGUCAUUCCUCGGGUCACUCCUCGGGUCACCCAUCCCCCACGUCUCCGCGAUACGGCAAUCGACACGAAACUUAUGUGGUUAUAACUCUGCCAUCCCAGCCCAACUCUCCAGUGGAAGGGAUCACCACCCAGGCCCCAUCCAGUCCUGGUCCAGCAUCUCCUUCAAGACAUGCCCAACCUCCACCUCAACCUCAAACACAGUAUCAACCACAACCUCAUCCCCAGAAACAACCACAGCCACCUCCACCACACACAAAUAGGAUGCCCCUGGCAUUCACUCGCAUCACUGAGUCCAUGGAAAGUCAAGAGAUAUGUGGGCCAGAGAAAGUUGUGUCAAGCUCCUGUCAUGUCAUUGAGGCUAUUUCAGCAUCCGCUCCACCCCCAGAGGUCAGGUUAGGGCAGGUCACUCAGUUUGUGACGACAGAAGUUCAAAGAACCAUGGUGUCUGUCCGACACGAAAGGUCACCGCCCCCACCUCCGGCCCCAAGAGCGAACGGUGUUCCAAUCUCACUGGAGAAACCUAAACCACAACAGACACAGAGUGCACAGGGCUACCAGCCAGGGGAGUUAGUAGACCUUCGUACCAUGAAGGUGAAUUCAGAAUCGGCCAUGAAAGUGGUGGAUCUGUCUUCUUCAGAUGUUAGACGCCAGUCCUUGGCCACAGACAUCAGCGGUCGUCAGACAAGCGCAGUGCAGUCCCCAGUGGUAAAUCUCAGCACUGAGUCGACCAGUGUUUCCAUAGUGACUGACAGCAUCACCAUAGUUACAUGUGCUGCCACCAUACAAAGUUACGAAAAUACCAACAUAUCCCAAGUCCCUUCUCUGCCCCUUCAGCUUACAACCACAAACAAAGCCUUCGAGCCUGUUUGUCAGAUUAUCUAUCGGCCCAUAGAUGCACAGCCCACAACCAGCAACAAUGCUGAGAUCCCGAUGAACCUUUCUCUAGGACCUGGCACAGGCUUAGGGUCAUUCCAGCCACCUGUAACUAUCGCCCCUACCCCUGCCCCAGGGUGUGUGGCUAAUGGUCUGAGCAGCGGGAUGCCGACAGUAGCAGGUGCGGUGGACCUUAGCACAGCCAAACCCUUCAACACCGUGGUUUCGGUCGACGCUUCCUCCGCGGAAGUGGUCACGGCUGUGAUCACAGAGGAGGAUGGGAAACCCGUGGACCUGACGGCUGGGAGAAGAGCUGUCUGCUGUGAUGUUGUCUACAAGCUGCCAUUUACAGGUAGCUGCACCACCCAGCAGCCCACUACUCCAUUGCCCGAAGACCGCUUCGGUUACCGAGACGACCACUACCAAUAUGACCGCUCACCGUACAACAUGAGGGGCUUCGGUGGCAUCAAACCCUCCAUGUCCGACACCAAUCUGGCUGAGGCCGGGCUUUUCCUCUAUAAGAGCAAGAACAGUUACAAUUUCCAUGGCACCACAGAGGGUGCAGUAGACCUGACAUCCUCCAAAACAUCUGAUGCAGGUGUAGCUUUGGACUUCUCCACCAAAGGCUCAGGGUUAUAUUCAGGAAUGAUAAUCCCCCCAUAUUCCCAAGCUAGAGUCAAAGGAGCUGUUGGGACACACUUUGGCACGAGCAGUGUUCUGAGAUCCUCCAAUGGGGUGGUGUACUCUUCAGUCUCAGUACCAAUCCCAUCCACCUACGCCAUCACCACACAACCUGGGUCCAUAUUCAGCACCACUUACAACUCCCUGUCGGCAGGCAUGCACACCAGCGACACCAUGCCAUCCCUGUCCACUCUCCAGAACCAGCCCAUGACUCGGUCCCACAGCUUCAUCUCCACCACCUCUGCAGACGAUCAAGGGGAUGUCCCGCUCAACCUGGAGCUUGCUAAAGAUGGCAUAUCCACCUCCGUGGCCCUCAGCACCAAAACAGUCACCCUGGCCCUGGAAAGGUUGGACUCGUACACGGACGCGUCCCUGGAGGCUAUUGCCGCCUCGCUGGAGGCUCUGUCCUCGCCCUGUGUGCCAGGGGAGGGCCAGUACCAGAUGCAGCGUGAGAUUCUGGAGAUGGAGAAGUUCAAACAGCAGCGGUUGGCUGAAGAACUGGAGUGGGAGCGUCAGGAGAUCCAGCGCUUCCGUGAGCAGGAACAGAUGCUGGUGCAGAAGGAGCUGGAGGAGCUGCAGUCCAUGAAGCAGGCCAUCCUGUGCCAGCAGGAGGAUGAGCGCCAGGCCCACCUCAUGAUGCAAAAGGAAACCUAUGCCCAGCAGCAGCAGCAGCUAGAGCAGAUCCAGAGGCUCCAGGAGCAGCUCCGAGCACAGCUGGAGGAGCAGAAGUUCCGGAAGAUGUACCCGGGGGAGGUGUUGCUGGGGCAUGGCCAGCAGGAGGCAGUCGUCCUGGGGCCGGACGGCACCGAGCUGGCCCGGAAAAUCAUGGAUAGUGGGUGUCAGACGGACGACGAGGACAGUGUUGUCGAUAAAGCCUACACGGCAGGGAGGAAGAAGAGAAGCACGGCCAAGAAGGGCGUAGACAGCUGCGUGCAGACAGACGAUGAGGACCAGGAGGAGUGGGAGCCUGCUCGGGCCAGACGUAGCAGGCCCCGCACGUCAAGGGGGGACAGAGGCGGACAGACUUCCGAUAUAUCCAUUCAGGCUCACUCUGAGAUCUCCAUACAGACGGACUCUGCAGGGAAUGUAAGAAUGGACACCAGGAUAGAGCUCUCCAACUCGGAAAGUCCACAUUGGGAAGACAAGAGACGGCCCACGCCCUUGGAGAUAGAACAGUCUGGCCACCUCAGAGCUGACCCCUCCUCACUUCAGGCCCCGCCCAAAUCCCCCAAUGUUCUCUACUCCCCCAUAUCCCCCUGCAUAUCCCCGAGCAAAUCCCUUGAGUUUGUGUCCUAUGAGAAAUCACUGGGUGAUACAAGCCCACAGAGAAUAAGAGGGAGUACUGAUCCGACCAAAGUCUCUCCAACCGGCAGCCCCAAGGGACCUAAGGCCAUGCAGAGAUCCAUGUCCGACCCCAAGCCCAUGAGUCCAACUGGAGAGGAGAGGGCAUCAUCCAGUUUCCAGUAUGGCGACGGUUCCUCCGGCAAAAGCUCAUCGGGCAGCACCCCAACUGGCACCGGCAAGAAGGUGAAGAGAACCCUGCCCAACCCGCCCUCGGAGGAGGAGGCAACAGCCGCCGGCCAGACGGCCUACAGCACUGGCUCGGCCCGCCGUCGCAUGUGCCGCAACACCAACAUGGCGAGGGCCAAGAUCCUGCAGGAUAUCGACCGAGAGCUGGACAUGGUGGAGCGUGAGUCGUCCAAGCUCCGCCACAAGCAGGCGGAGCUGGACGAAGAAGAGAAGGAGAUCGACGCCAAGCUACGCUACCUGGAGAUGGGCAUCAACCGCAGGAAAGACGCCCUCCUCAAGGAGAGGGAGAAGAGGGAGCGGGCCUACCUGCAGAGCGUGGCCGAGGAUCGUGACUACAUGUCAGACAGCGAGGUCAGCAACAUCCGGGAGACACGGAGCGGCCGUGGCAGUGGAGAAGAUGAUGAGAUGGGAAGUCACGGGCUGGAGCGCCCCAGGACGGCACCCCAGUCAGAGCUGGAUGAUUUUGUACCACCACAGACCACACACGAGGCCCAGUACGGCACGUACUCCCAGUACCAGUACCCACUGAGCCAGACGCUGUACCAGCAGCAGUCACUCUACCAGUCUCCCCAGUCCUACCAGACUCAGUCCAUCUAUUCCUCAGUCCCAUCCCUGUCUAGCUCCCAGCAGCAGAGCUACCACCAGAUGCUCCUUCUCCAGCAGAAGGCAGCCAGGCAGGCGGCCCUGAUCCAAGAGUUGGACGCGUCGUCAAAGUACGAAAUCAUCAGCCGACAGCCCGACCCCGUGUCCUCUGCCUACAUGGGAGGGGUCAGGUACGACAAGUACGGUAACCACUUGGACCUCCGGGCCCUGGAGGUGGGGGGCAGUAUGGCUGGCAGCCCCAUGUCCAACGUGUCGGCCGACUCCUUCUAUGGAGACGUGGAGCACCACCACCACACUCCACGAAGCUACGUCCUCCUAGAAGAUGCGGCAGAGCUGGCCAAGAGCUCCACGAGUCUGGCUUCAUCCAGCUACGCCCAGGCCGAGAAGGAGCUGGCUAAGGCAGAAAGGCUGUUGCGAAGAAGUGCAGCCGACUUGACCUCCACAGACUACCUGGGCUCCAGCUCCAGGCUCCACUCCGGGUAUGGAAAGACCCCAGACGAUGAGGACUCCAUGGACGACCCCUACGAGCUGAAGCUCCUCAAGCAGCAGCUGAAGCAGGAGUUCCGGAGGAGCACAGGGGGAACAGAGAGCCUGGACCCGCUGACGGGUCUCUCCCACAACUACUACGGCACCCCCAGCUCGGGUGUCUCCUCCUCCCAGAGUUACUCCCAAAGACACUACCCCAAGACGGAGAAAUACAGCAUCAGCCGGCUGACCCUAGAGAAGCAGGCAGCCAAGCAGCUCCCGGCAUCCAUGCUGUACCAGAAGCACAAAGCCCCGCUGACCGACCCCAAAGUCUCCAAGUACUCCUCGAUGCAAGACGGCAGGAGUCUGGAGACAGACUAUACCAGCUAUUUAGGGUCCAGUAAUGUUAGCGCCUCUCCCAGAUCCAGCCGGCUCCUUCAGGACGAGAUCACCUUUGGACUACGCAAGAACAUUGCAGAGCAGCAGAAGUACCUGGGCUCCACGUUGGGUGCCAACCUGGCUGGCUCGCUCAACUUCGGCCAGAGCCUGGCCUUGGACUCGACAUCCUACCCCAGUGGCAGCCGGUCACGGCCCUCUUCUAGGCCCAACUCCGUCUAUGGCCUGGAUCUCUCACUCAAACGGGACCCAUCCAGUUCCUCUUUGAGGCUCAGGGACGGCGAGGCGGCCUCAGACAGCUACCAGAUGCCAUCAGGGCGUGCCAAGCCCACCAGCCUGCCCAUCGUGCAGGGCCCGGGGCGCAUCCCCAUCUUGGCGCAGAACUCUGAGGAGGAGAGCCCGUUGAGUCCUGUGGGCCAGCCUAUGGGCAUGGCGCGGGCGUCGGCGGGGCCCCUGCCACCCAUCUCGGCCGACUCACGGGACCAGUUUGGUUCGUGCCUCUCCCUGCAGGACUCCCAGCAGCAGCAGCACCUGAGGGAAGAGCCAACGAGGGGUCGGGGCUACGUCUUGAUGGACGACCUCCAGGGCACCAUGUCGGACGGUGAAGCCUACCACCUACGGCGAGAGGAAACGGACUGGUUUGACAAACCCCGCGAGGGACGACCAGAGAACGGACAAGGGCCGGACAGGAGACAGGGGAAGGGUGUUUACUACCCCUUUCCUCACACCAGAGUCAAACUGCAGAGGGAUCCCAAGGACCGCAGCGUGUCAGGGAAUGGAUUGGGUAUCAGAGUGGUGGGAGGUAAAGAGGUUCCAGGGACCAACGGACACAUCGGAGCCUACGUAGCUAAAGUCUUACCUGGAGGAGUUGCCCAACAGACUGGGAAGAUACUAGAGGGAAUGCAGGUGCUGGAGUGGAACGAGCUUCCUCUGACGGGGAAGACCUACGAGGAAGUGCAGGGGCUUGUGGUACAGCAGUGUGGCGAGGCAGAACUCUGCGUGAGACUAGAUCUGAACAUGCUGGCUGACUCAGAGGGCUCUCAGCACCUUGAUCUCCCAGACCAUAGCAAACCAGGUGACAGACCCCCCAGGUCUCCGGGGGUGGAUCCGAAACAACUGGCUGCAGAGCUACAGAAGGUGUCCCUGCAGCAGGCUCCUCCACCUACCACCGCCACGUCCUCCUCCUCCACGGUGGGGGGAGAGAAAGGACCCCAUUCUGCCAUCUCAGGCGCCGCCUCGGCCACUUCUAGUGCCAUCCAGAGUCCGGGACAGCCGGGGUCGCCCUCCGUCAGCAAGAAACGCCACAGCAGCAAGUCUGCGGAACCAGUGAAGACACAAUCCCACCCUGUUACUGGAGAGAUACAGCUUCAAAUCAACUAUGACAAGCAGCUGGGGAACCUGAUUGUUCACGUGCUCCAAGCCAGGAACCUGGCCCCCCGAGACAACAACGGCUACUCCGACCCCUUCGUCAAAGUCUACCUCCUCCCGGGGAGGGGUCAGGUCAUGGUUGUCCAGAAUGCCAGUGCUGAGAAUAAGAGGAGAUCAAAACAAGCUGGCCAGAGUCUGAACCCAGAGUGGAACCAGACUGUUAUCUAUAAGAACAUCCACCUGGAACAGCUGAGGAAGAAGCUGCUGGAGGUGAGCGUGUGGGACUACGACAAGUCCUCCUCCAACGACUUUCUGGGAGAGGUGUUGAUGGACCUGUCCAACACAGCUAACAUGGAUAACGUCCCACGCUGGCUCCCUCUGAAGGAACAGAGUGAGGGAGAGCACCACCGGCGCUCCCUUUCAGCACAGGGGCGCCAGCACUCCCCCAAGCCCCCCUCGCAGCACGCCUCCCCCAAAACCCCUGCCCACGGUAACCAGGACUCCCCAAGCCCCCUCGCAGCACGCCUCCCCCAAAACACCCGCCCACGGGAACCAGGACCCGCCCAAGUCACACGCAGGUGCCCACUAUUGAGAAAUCUCACAGUAGCCCCGGCACAUCGAAGCCUUCCCCGUCCGAGGGCCACAGCCAACAUACGCCACGCGCGGCUCCACGUGCCGCGCCGCAAAGUGCAAGGCAACACCAGCAGGAUGGCGCGGCGGUGUCGCUGUAGCAACGGUCUCCUACCCCCAGCCCAAAGAGGCCGCCUCUCCCUGAGGCACCACAGACACACCAUAGUGGGCGUGCUCACCAUUCAGAAAGCCCAAUCCGAUUCGCUCCCCGCCCCGCCGGGCCUGGCAGCGUCGGCCACUGGGAGCCAAGCAGACGGCAGACACCUGACCUUCAGGAAAGCCAUGUCUGAAGAGAGGCCACAGAGAGAAGGAGGUGAGAGUCGCACGUUUCUGUCCACGGCCCGGCAGGUCCGGCGACGCCCGGUAACAGCCGCCUCAUUGGACAGCGGUCUGAGUGGCAGUGCUCACAGCCUAUUGGAGGAUGAGGGUGGGACUAAUGCCGUGGACAGUGCCAUCUUCCAGGUCCCUCGGUUUGGGAAGAUUCCAAAUGGCACUGACGUGAUGAUGUCACCAAUGGGCCAUAUGGACUCUGAGGGUAAGACCCAGGUAAUGGGAGAGAUCAAGAUAGCUCUGAGGAAGGAGCAGACAGAGGGAGACCAGCUGGUGUUGGAGAUUCUCCAGUGCAGAAACAUAACCUACAAGUUCAAGUCUCCAGACCACCUGCCAGACCUCUAUGUGAAGCUGUAUGUGGUGAACAUUGCAACCCAGAAGAGGAUCAUCAAGAAGAAGACCCGGGUAUGUCGUCACGACCGCGAGCCCUCCUUCAACGAGACCUUCAGAUUCUGCAUGAACCCCACCGGCCACUCUCUGCAGCUCUUCCUGGUGUCCAAUGGGGGGAAGUUCAUUAAGAAGACCCUGAUCGGAGAGGCCUACAUCUGGCUGGAUAAGGUGGACGUGCGGAAGCGAGUGGUCAGCUGGCACAAACUGCUGGCUAGCUCUGCUCAGAUCCACUCCUAAAGAACCUACUGUUAACCUUGUCUAUUCUAUAGGCUCUUAACUCGCAGAGAGAAAGACGAGGAUGGCUAGGGCGCUCGAGUUUACUGUCUCCAUCACUGAUCCACUCUUUAUGGACCUACUGGACAUACUCACAGGUCCAGCAUUGGGGUCGGGCGAGGACCGUUAGGGUGCGGGAGUUAGACAUCUCUUACGUAUCCUGUGGAUCUUGAGUUUUGGUGUCAGGGGUCAGCGUUUGAAUUGCUUGAGCUGUGACUGGGGAUUGGCUAGUGGGGAGGAAGUAGGUAUGUGUUUACAGGAAAUUAACUUGUGUUUACAGGAAGUAGUGUAGCCAGGGCAGGGAGGAGGACAUUGAGGCAACAAAGCAAGAACAGAAUCAACCAGGUAUUACACACACACUCACGAACAGUCAACAACACAUUCAAACACACCACAAAGAAAGAUGAUCGUAAGAGACUGACACAUAAAUACAGG